AUGAAAAGAAAGGCGAGUUCGUCUGAUACUUUAGACGCUCGUACGUUACCAGAAAGGAGGAGGGUUAGGCGAGCAAACCCUCGAAGUAGUAUAAACAAGGAUGGGUCCUCUGAGGUCAACUCGGAGGUCUUGAAAGAUGGUGCGAUGCCGGGGAUGCCGGAAACAGUUAAGGACGACAAGGUCAUUGAACCCGGUAACCCGCAGAGUGGCGUUCGGAUUGAUGGACCAAUAAAUUUAAAUCCAUCUGAACUAACUCCUCAACUGUACUCACGGGAUGACGUAAUGCAACACCAGUCAGAACGUGAGAAAGAAAACCCUGCUGGGCUAAGUUCCGCAUCAUCAACUGAUGGUGAUAACCGGAAGCAGAACGUUGAAACGGACUCGGAACCAAGAAGCGAGAGCGAAGAACUCACUCCGGAAGGAGGCCAACUCCGGGACGUGAACGAGGAAGAAGAGACUGACGAACUAGAUCAAGAAUCGCAGGAAGCCAUUAUUCCCAGCAACCCGGUCGAUUCGGAACAUAAGGAUGGAUCAGUGCUAAAAGAUGUUGACAACAUACCAGAUUGGAGAAUUCCAAUCAGAAAGUAUAUUGAAACUGGAGAUGUUCCCAAGAAUAAGUGGGAAGCAAGAAAGUUAAAGGGGCACGUCCUCUCGGUCUACGAGAUGACAUGA